CGUAGAAACAAUACAACCAUGUUCGCUAAGGUAUUCGCUGUUCUUUGCUUGCUGGGUCUGACCCGCGCCGGUCACCUCUAUGGCGGUUACUCCGGCUAUGGAGGCUACGGUGGCUAUGGCAGCUACGGCGGCUACGCAGUCGCUCCUGCCCACUCCUACGUUGCCGCUCCCGUCGUAGCCAAAACUUUCGUAGCACCUGCUCCUAUCAUCAAAUACGUAGCACCGGCCCACGCUAUCUCAUCUGUGUCCCAAUACAGCGUUCACUCGAGCCCUAUUGUCAAGUCCUACGCUCCCGUCAGCUACGUUCACUCCUCUCCCUACGUUGGCCACUCCUACUCUCCCAUCUCCUACGGUAGCUACGGCGGCUACGGUUCCGGCUACGGCUACGGCGGCUACGGGAAAUACGCCUGGUGAAAUACCAAAUAAUUGAAUCUAUUUAUUGUUUUUUUUUUUUAAGUAUUACAACUUUUUAGUAAACAGUGUCAAUCAAUAGCUAUUUCAU